AGUUUUUCUCCAGAACAGAAAGUUUGAUGGGAUCUCAAGAAUGUUUGGAUGAUUGAUACAUGACUGUUUGUUAAAGCGUGUAACAUUGGGGUGCUUGUCUGUGUGUGGCCUUCAGUUCAUAAUUCUGGCCUGUUCAGCGGAAUGCAUCUGCUGCUGUUUAUUUCAUUCUGCCUCAGUCUCUGCUCCUCUGUGCUGAGUGCAGCAAUAGAACCUCCAUGUAGCGCUGUAUACAGGGGCUUUGCCGAUUGCCUGGUUACUCUGGGUGACAGUGUGAGCUCGAAGAAUGAUAACCCACAAGACAUCAACUCUAUUUGCAAGUCAUGGGAUGCUUUCCAGGUGUGUGUGAGUGAUGUGCUCUCAGGUUGCCGUGGUGAUGCAGCAAAGAUUUGGGAAUCUUUGAGAGCAGAGUCUCGGAAAACAACAUUUGCUGGGAAUCUCUACGACAUGUGUGCUAGACGUACAGAGGCCGUCACCGCAACCCCUACACAGGGUCUUCCCAGCACUGAUCAAACCAAUCAGGAGUCCCUCAAAGGAUUUGCUCAUUCUGGCAAGCACUUGCCGAGCACAGAGCUGCUGCUAACAUGCUUCACUCUUCUCCUGCUGCUUUCAUUCAGCUGGACUGAUGCUAUUGUCCAAUGAUAGUGUUUUUCUCUUUAAAUUUUAUUUUACGUUCUUCUAAAGUCUAAAUCUGUCAAAUUUCCAUCAGUACUUGGAGUUUGUAUCAAAACUGGGUUUUUGUUUGUGUGUCUUUGCGUUUUUUAACAGUUUGACAAACUGAAUAUGUAGCAGCAUAUAUUAGUUUUA